UGCUGACAUCGCUAGGAUGGCCAAAAAAAGCCCAGAGGGUUCUUGGCGUUCUGGGAGGAGAGGGGGUUUGGUGUGGAAGCAGCAGAAAUGGCCAGCAAAGUGUUGGAUCUGUUAUACUGGCGAGAUGUGGGGACCACCGGGCUGGUGUUUACUGGUUUGGUUGUGGGUUUGGCUUGUUUGUUCCAGCUCAGUGCCAUCACGGUCCUGUCCAACCUCGGUUUGGGCAUUAUGGCCUUCACCCUCCCUGUGCGCUUCCUUUACAAAGCUUCGACACUUGUCCGCCUCAGCGAUGGAUCUCAUCCCUUCCAGUCAUAUUUGGAUGAGGACCAUACGCUGACAGAUGAGGACACAGUCCGCAUGGCGGAACAAAUCGUUCUGCUGAUUGCUACGGCUGUCACCGAAAUAAAGAGGCUGUUCUUCAUCGAUAGCAUCAUGGACUCAGUGAAGUUUGUUGUGUUCCUGUAUUUGUUGACAUAUGUGGGGGUCCAAGCUAAUGGUCUCACGCUGGUGAUGACCGGUGUGAUAUGUGCCUUCUCUCUGCCACUGUUAUACAGACUUCAACAGGGGAGGAUUGACAAGAUUGUUAAAGCAAUCAAAAAACUUGUGGAUAAAAUCACAGAAAUAGUUGAUCUUGUGGUUUCCCUGGCCAAACCUGCACCAGCCCAAGCACCUUCCCCCACCUCCACACCAAGAAAUAAGCAGAAGACUAAAUGAAGAGGAGGGAGAGAGAAAUGUGGAGUACACUGAACAAAGAAUGUCUUACGUUGCAGCUGCAGCCCUGCGUGUUAGGGGGUUAUGAACGAGCGCUAUGUUAUACAGUACUUUUCUUACGGUGCUAGGAAACUCUUAACCAGGUCUUCUCAAAAGAAUAAAGCAAAAAGCUUCUUCAAGAAGUACACGUCAGUCAAGAGAAGUCUAGAUGUACACCUAUUGUAUUCAUUUAUUUCAUUCAAACUGUCUUUUAUAACUAGUAACUGUAUAAAGCUGUGUCAUAUUUAUAAUCCUUGGUUAAUUUUGCCUGACAAGGCUUUUCUACUGAUUUUCAUAGAAACAGCUGAGCCUAGUGACAGUUGCAGUAUGUUUUUCUCCACUAGAGGGUACAAUGUGACCACACAAUCACAGCAGUUCUCAGUGGGAACAGCACGUUAAAGAAAUUUUUGUUUAACAAUUUUGGAGUUUACAAUUCACACUGGGAUUGUUCUCAUUUGGUUUUUAAAAUUUAAUACUGAAUGUUACAUGGCAAUUCAAAACUAAUUUAUAAGUCACUAUGAAACAAGUUGAUUUGCUUCCAUGUCUUUGUCCGUCUUUUGUGCAACACGACCCCAGUAAACAUGCGUUUUCAAUGUUAUUUGCCUGUUUUUGCAUCUGACAACAUACAAAACAUCUCAUCAUAUAUUUUGGACCAUGCACAGGAAUAAGCAGCUGCUGAGGAUGCAGCUGAUUAGAGAUGACUACGGAGAGUCCAAAGGAACAGCGAUUUCAAAACAUUCAAUUAUAUCCUGGUUGCAGAUGACAUUCUGAUGCUGAACAGAAACAAAUAGAAUGUCUUUUGAUGAUCAAAUACUUCCAUGCUGGGAUUUCCAUAAACAAAAUAUGGUUAUUGUCUUCACAGACUUUUAAUAAAUAUCUCUAUACCAUCCGUAGAAUGACAACAUUUAUGGAGGGGACUGUUUAGAAAGCACGAGAAGAACAUUUCGCACACUACGAGAAGAUGACACUCAAUGUAAAAGGAAGAAUACCAAGUACUCAUCUGUCAAGAAAAACUGCACUCAUGGAAUAUUUUGUAUUCAUUGCCUUUUUUUAUAACCUACUUCAGACUGACUUAACUUUAAAUUGUCACUGUGUGUCAUUUUUUUUUUUUUUUUGUUAAAUGAUAGUAGUGGGAAAUCUCUAAAUAUGAAGAAACUUGACAUUUAGAAGUUUUUAAACUUUAUUAAGCUUUUCUAAAUAGCGGUAGGCUAUGUAAUUAAAUUCCCUGUCUGACUGAA